GUGAGAAAGAAACACGAUGUGAUGUGUUUUGAGUAUUGUGUGCAAUAACAAAUAAAUCUUAUGCGUUAGAUUUUAUUUAUUCAUAAAGAAGAUGGGGCACUUCAAUGUAUUACUAUGGCUGAUGUUCGGAUUUGGCAUAUUAUCUUCGAUAAUGACUGCGAGUACAAUAAGUUUAGACCCAAGUAAACCAGCUAGUAAUGCGACGUGUACAUUCAAAAACCAAACAGGACGAUGUGUACAUUACACACUCUGUGAUAAUAAACAUAACUUCUUAGAAGGAGGCAAUUUGAUUGAAAACGAUUUGAGAUCGAAGAGGCAAUGUUUGCGAGAUGAAUGGUGUUGUAUUCUUAAUACUACAAAUCCCGUGGAGGCGACUGAAAAACCUAUACUGCCUAAGAAUGUAGACAAAGAAUGUCUAACGACAAAUAUGGAUUCAUGCCCAUGGUGCGUCGGUCUGUAUAACAGAACCAAGGGCGUAAAGCCCGGGAACUCCGGUCUGUUCUGCGGCGGGAUUCUCGUCGGGCCCAAUGCAGUUCUGACCACAGCCACAUGUAUGAAAGCUGCCAAGAAUCACCAGAUUAUCCACGCCAAGGUACCAGGCUCCCAGGACCCGGAGAAGAUGUAUCUAGUCCGGUCGAGGGCUGAACAUGAGCAAUACAACACAGGUAGUCAUGAGUAUGACGUAGCAGUAUUCAUGUUGGAGACGGACGUGGUAUGGAACAACGGUCGAAAGAACAACGGCGCAUGUCUCAACAUCAAGUGGCCGUUAGACGAUGCCUGCUAUGCUUUUGGAUUCAAUUAUAACGAUGAAAUUGAGUCUACUAUACUGCAAACUAAAAAAGGGAGCUGUACCAAAGGUGGCCAAGGUGCAGAUGCGGCGUGCGGCUCUUUACUAUUUGAAGAUGACGAUUGCCUCGUCUCUCCAGGCUUGCCUGUUAUAUGCAUGACGGAUAGCAAUGAUUUUAUCGUGACGGGAUUGGUGAGAAGCCCCUGCAGGAAUUCAAAAGCGCAACUUGGAUCCAUCCAUCCGGCCUCGGAUUGGCUCAUCAAGGAACUAUCAAAGAACGGAGUAAAUGUUUCUCAGUAUACAACAUAAAUUAUCAUUCAAUCAUCACAUGGACGUACUUAAAUUAUUUUUUUUUUAAUAAAAAUUAACAUAAAUACUAAUUUAUUGUAGAAAUAUCGUAAGAAACGAUUCGUUUAGAGUUAUGCGGUUAUAACUAGUCGCAAAAUAUUAUGUUUGAGAUAUCUUUGGAUUUUUUUUGUUGGACCGUAUUACGCAUGUGGUAUGACGUCACUUUGCUCAUACAAACGAUUUUGAGAUACACAUUUUCCUUUUUAUUUCCACUUUUUUCCAAUACUCAAUUCAAAAGAAAUACUCAAUAGUGAACACUAGGUUAGAAUAUCAUAAAUAAAAUAAACUAGGA